AUUGCAGGAGUUAGGUAAGGGCUGUGCUAAUGGGCUGAGGAGGGAGCUCCUGCCUUCUGUAUUCCUUUCGGCUGUGUUUCUGCCUGAGCUGCAAAGUUUAAUGAUCUGAAUUGCAUUUUGAUCAGGGAAGGAGGAAGCGGGACGCGAGGGGCGAGUCGGCGGAGGAUCAGCCGCUGAGGAAGGAGAGGGGAAGCCGCGCUGCUGGGAUUGAGGAGGUGCGGCUGGGGCUCGGCUCGCUGGCGGGGAGAAGCCCCGGCUUCCCGGAGGGAGGGAGGCGGCGUGAACCCUCUGCAGCCCGGACCUCGGCUCUGCGCCCGGGAUGGGUAACGGCUGGAUCCUCCUCACCCUGGGGCUCUGCACCCUGGCCAACGGAGAGCUGAGACAGUCUGUCUCAGCAACUAAAAUGCCAUGGCCUGAGGAAUUCUACCUGGAACAGUCAAUGGAUACCAGCGAGCCCGUUGAGUCUGGAAAUUGGCCAGUUGAUGAUGACGACUAUGACACUUCUGGAUCAGGUUCUGGGAAUUUUGAAACUGAGAUACAAAUGGUGACCUUCAGUCCUGUACAAGUAAACCCAGACAUCAAGCCAACUGUUGAUGCCACAAGAUCAGUAACUGUCAGAGUCGAAUCAACUACACAGAAAAAGAUGGUUAGGAAGCCUGUCCGAACAGAGACAACUGUAGACACCCUGGUUAAAGAGGAGACAAAGAAAGGAGAUGACUUUGUUAUUGAAAAGCCAACUAUUAAUACUGAUGAUGACGAUGUGUCUGCAAAAAAACAUUCAGAAAGCCUUUUCCAGAGAACAGAAGUGCUUGCAGCUGUUAUUGCUGGAGGAGUCAUUGGCUUUCUGUUCGCCAUCUUCCUUAUCUUGCUGUUGGUGUACCGCAUGAGGAAGAAGGAUGAAGGGAGCUAUGACCUUGGUGAACGAAAGCCUUCCACUGCAGCCUAUCAAAAGGCACCAACCAAGGAAUUUUAUGCAUAA